AUGGCCCCUCCGCCUGGAGCCUCUCUGGGGCCGCCGCCGACGGCGAUAAUGGGCCCGAAAGGGGCAGUUCCACUGACUUCUAUCAACAUUUCGAGAUGCGUGGGUAUGGGGCGGAGCGGAUGCAUACAACGGAGGCGCCGUUGCGGGCAUGUGCGAAUUGCUGCGAAGAUCGCUGAGGACCGGCAGGAGGUUGGCGGGAGCGGGACUGCUGAAGCCAGGGGAUCUUCUGAGGCUGCAGUGUCCAGAGAUGUGCAGGAUUGGGUUGAUCGCUUUGGGAAUGCGCCCCGCAAAGGAUGCGACAUUCUUGUUCAGGCACUGGAGCGAGAGGGUGUGAGCACUGUGUUUGCUUACCCUGGUGGUGCAUCCAUGGAGAUCCACCAGGCCUUGACUCGAUCUGGGAGUAUGAGGAACAUUCUCUGCAGGCAUGAACAGGGGGAGAUUUUUGCUGCUGAGGGAUAUGCAAAGGUUACAGGCACUGUAGGUGUCUGCAUAGCAACAUCUGGGCCUGGAGCUACCAACCUGGCCACAGGACUUGCAGAUGCCCUCCUUGAUAGCAUGCCGGUAGUUGCCAUUACAGGGCAGGUGCCCCGACGGUUCAUUGGGUCGGAUGCAUUUCAGGAGACACCCAUAGUGGAGGUGUCCCGGCAGAUCACAAAGCACAAUUAUCUGGUCAUGGACGUCAACGACAUACCACGGAUCGUCAAGGAGGCCUUCUACUUGGCUAGGACAGGCCGACCUGGCCCUGUCCUCAUUGACAUCCCCAAAGAUGUACAGCAGUCAUUGGCUGUCCCAGACUGGGAUGUGCCAAUGUCCCUCACAGGCUACAUGAGGCGCCUACCACAACCACCCAAGCCCAUUGAUGUCAAGAAGAUAUUGAGAGCUAUCCAUGAAGCCAAGAAGCCAGUGAUAUACUGUGGUGGAGGAACACUUGAUUGCUCCGCAGAGCUGAAGCGCCUUGCUCAAAGGGCUGGGAUACCUGUGGCACAGACCCUGAUGGGCCUUGGGGCGUUUCCUGAGACUGACACUUUGUCCCUGAGGAUGCUUGGGAUGCAUGGCACUGUUUAUGCAAACUAUGCAGUUGACCAAGCUGACCUCCUGCUGGCUUUUGGUGUUCGUUUUGAUGACCGUGUCACUGGCAAGCUGGAGGCAUUUGCUUCCCAUGCUCGCAUCGUGCACGUGGAUAUUGACCCAGCCGAAAUCCACAAGAACAAGUCUGCACAUAUUCCAGUGUGUGCAGAUGCCGGCGAGACCCUUAAGAUGUUGAACUUGAUGCUAGACUCAGAUCCAGUGAACCCAGACAGAUUCAGCCAGUGGAGAGCAGAGGUUGAAGCCAAAAGAGAAGAGUUCCCGUUGUCACAUCCUGACAGAGAUGAUGUUAUCAUUCCCCAAUGGGCUAUCAAGGUCCUCCACGAAGAGACAAAAGGAGACGCAAUAGUCACAACUGGUGUUGGCCAGCACCAGAUGUGGGCAGCACAGUGGUACCCAUUCGAAGAGCCACGACGAUUCGUCACCUCUGGCGGCCUGGGGUCGAUGGGCUUUGGCUUGCCGUCUGCUCUGGGGGCAGCCUGCCCUUUCGAUGGCAAGGAUGGUCGACCUAAGAAAGUGGUUGUUGACAUCGAUGGAGAUGGUUCAUUUCUGAUGAACGUGCAGGAGCUUGCGACUGUCUUUGUGGAGAAUUUGGAUGUGAAAGUUUUCAUUCUCAACAAUCAGCAUCUGGGCAUGGUGGUGCAGUGGGAAGACCGCUUUUAUAAGGCCAAUCGUGCACACACAUACCUCGGCAAGAAGGAUGCUGCGUACCAUGAGACGGGUGAGCUGGAAGACAUAUAUCCUGACUUUGUAAAGAUGGCUGAUUCGUUUGGCGUGCCUUCCCAACGUGUCAUACGCCCAGAGGAGCUCAGGCCUGCAAUUCGGAAGAUGCUGGACACGCCAGGUCCUUACGUUUUGGACGUGAUGGUUCCUCACAUCGAGCACGUGCUGCCCAUGAUUCCCGGGGGAGCGUCCUUCAAGGAAAUUAUCACCGAAGGGGAUGGGACGACUGAAUACUGA